GAUUUUGGAAAGAUGUGAAUAAUCUCCUCAUGCCUCAAGUCCACAACGGCGCAAAGGUACUCGUCACCGGCGCGAGCGGGUUCAUUGGAUCAUGGGUCGUACGGUACCUCCUAGAACGAGACUACAGUGUUCGAGCCGCAGUGAGGAGUGCAGAAAAGGGGGAGUACAUGCGGAGGCUCUACGAGAGCUACGGUGAUCAGUUUGAGUACGUCGUGGUCGCGGACUCCGGUGAGCCCGGGACAUUUGACAACGUCCUAGAGGAUAUCGAUGCUGUUGAGCACCAUGCGGCCCCUAUCACCGACGAUCCCGAUGACUUCGUAGCCGCCGCCAUCAGUGGCACAACAUCCCUUCUGGAGAGCAUAUUGCGGAAAGGGCGCUCAGUGAAGCGUGUAAUCGUUACCUCUUCGGGCGCGGCCCUGGUCGAACCUAAGGAGCCCGGCUACGUAUAUACCGAGGCUGAUUGGGGGGAUUACUCCGUGAAAGAAGUCCAGUCAAAAGGAGCCAAUGCUACCACGUUGCAAAAGUACAGGGCCUCGAAAGCUCUGGCGGAGAGGGCUGCGUGGGACUUCGUUGAGAAACAUAAGGAUCAGAUCCAAUGGGAUGUAGUUACAGUACUCCCCACCAUAGUUUACGGCCCUAUCAUACAUCAGGUGGAGUCUCCAGAAGACAUAAAUUAUUCAAAUCAGUUGUUGUACAGUUCUAUCACGCGUGAACGUUCGCCUGAUGAGGUGGGAGGAAACUGGGUGGACGUCCGAGACGUCGCUGAAAUCCACGUUGAAUUACUGGCGAAACGAACCGCCGGCGGAGAACGAUAUAUUGUGUCGGCCGGUGCUCAUUCAUGGCAGGAGCUGUAUGACCUACUAAACGCCUCUGUUCCACCUAUCGGAGGAAUACCCCGAGGGCAGCCAGGUAACUAUACUCGCGGCCGGCCACCAUACUCCUUUUCCUCCGAGAAAGUGAUCAAACUUCUGGGAAUCAGGUUUAGAGCCUUGGGCGAGUCGGCCCGGGACGCAAUUACUUCGAUACGCGAGCGAGGGAUGUAAAAUCGGCCAACGAUCCAACAAGCCCUGAUGCUAGAAUACUCCUGGUCGGUCACCCGGGGCCCAGCCGUCCAACGUUCCUCCCGCCUCUCAUCCUUUGUAGACAGUAUCCACCACUACCUACCGCGAUCUUAAGACAGAAUAUAAUAUAAUCCGCUUCCCGUUGUCCAUGGAAUGGUGUAUUACUCCGCUGAAGUACGUAUGCGGAUGUUUAUUCAGAAGGGUGUUCUGCUGUAUUUUCAUGGGUCCCGU